AUGGCGGAAAGACUCUCGCUUCUCGCCCUGCUGUCUUUGGUCGUGACCACCACCACUGUCGUCGACGCCUACGCUCAACCGAAGCUGUGCACUGACGCCUGCACGAACGCCCACGACCCGUCCAUCAUCCGCCGCGACGAUGGAACGUACUUCCGCUUCUCCACCGGCGGCAGGAUCGCCAUCCACACUGCGCCUGCUCUAACGGGGCCCUGGACGUACAAGGGGGCCGCUGUUCCUGCCGGCUCGAUCAUCAAUCUCAACGGGAAAGAUGACCUCUGGGCUCCUGAUGUACACAAGGCCGGCAACUUCUACUACCUCUACUACUCAGUGAGCAGCUUCGGCACGCAGGAUUCCGCGAUCGGUGUAGCCCGCUCGAGUUCGCUGGACGGUCCGUGGGAAGACAGCGGAUCUACCGGUAUCACGAGCGACGCGAGCAAGCCCUACAACGCUAUCGACCCGAACCUGGUUGAGGCAGACGGAGGCUACUACCUGACCUUCGGCAGCUACUGGCAAGGCAUCCACCAGUCUCACAUGCGCGACCCGCCGAUUCUAUCUAGCUCUGACCCCGCUCAGAUCGGCUUCACGUCCAACUUCGAGGUGCUCGAAGGCCCUUACAUCUUCAAGCACGGCGAGUUCUACUACCUCUUCAUGUCCAAGGGCAAGUGCUGCACCUACGACAAGACCAUGCCGGCUAAAGGAAAGGAGUACCGCAUUCUCGCGUGUCGCUCGUCCAAGGCCACGGGCGGCUUCGUGGACAAGGACGGCGUGGACUGCACCAAGGACGGAGGCACCGUUGUGCUCGAAUCGCACGACGACGUCUUUGGCCCCGGCGGCCAGGGCGUCUACGACGACCCGGCUCAUGGUCCAGUUCUGUACUACCACUACGUCAACACGACUAUUGGAUAUGCGGACGGUGACAAGCGCUUCGGUUGGAACAAGAUCGACUUCUCCAGCGGGUGGCCGGUUGUAUAGGCUCGCUCUAAGCAGCUAGCUACCAACUCUCGCGCUGAAACGCGAGUUCGCCUCGUAC